GAAGGGCUGGCCCACGCUGAGUGAUGACGUCUCCUCAUUGGGCGGAAGGUUCGGUGGCUGUCGUCGGUGUUCCAGCUGGUGGGAGUUGGCUUCUCGGCGCUGGGCGCUGGGCCCCUGGUGUCUGUAGCUGGGAAGUUGGGCUGCAGGGUCGUCCCUGUCCUUCUGCUUCCAGUGUUCCUGGGUGUCAUUCUGCGGCGCAGGGCCUCGCCCCGGACUCGCCGGCCCUGGGGGGCCACGGCUUUAGUGGUGCCUUUCGCGAGUUCUCUUAAGUACAUCUUAAAACCUUCAAGAUGGUUCUAGCAGAUCUUGGAAGAAAAAUAACAUCAGCAUUACGCUCAUUGAGCAAUGCCACCAUUAUCAAUGAAGAGGUAUUAAAUGCUAUGCUAAAAGAAGUAUGUACAGCAUUAUUGGAAGCAGAUGUUAAUAUUAAACUAGUGAAGCAAUUAAGAGAAAAUGUUAAGUCUGCAAUUGAUCUUGAAGAAAUGGCAUCUGGUCUGAACAAAAGAAAAAUGAUUCAGCAUGCUGUAUUUAAAGAACUUGUAAAGCUUGUAGACCCUGGAGUUAAAGCCUGGACACCGACUAAAGGAAAGCAGAAUGUUAUCAUGUUUGUUGGAUUGCAAGGAAGUGGUAAAACGACAACGUGCUCGAAGUUAGCAUAUUAUUACCAGAGAAAAGGUUGGAAGACUUGUUUGAUAUGUGCAGAUACAUUCAGAGCAGGAGCGUUUGACCAGCUAAAACAGAAUGCCACCAAAGCAAGAAUUCCAUUCUAUGGAAGCUAUACAGAAAUGGAUCCUGUCAUCAUUGCUUCUGAAGGAGUGGAGAAAUUCAAAAAUGAAAAUUUUGAAAUUAUUAUUGUUGAUACAAGUGGUCGGCACAAACAAGAAGAUUCUUUGUUUGAAGAAAUGCUUCAAGUUUCUAAUGCUAUACAACCGGAUAACAUUGUUUAUGUGAUGGAUGCAUCCAUUGGACAAGCUUGUGAAGCCCAGGCAAAGGCUUUUAAAGAUAAAGUAGAUGUAGCUUCAGUAAUAGUGACAAAACUUGAUGGUCACGCAAAAGGAGGUGGUGCUCUCAGUGCAGUUGCUGCCACAAAAAGUCCAAUUAUUUUCAUUGGUACAGGGGAACAUAUAGAUGACUUUGAACCUUUCAAAACACAGCCUUUUAUCAGCAAACUUCUUGGUAUGGGUGACAUUGAAGGCCUGAUAGAUAAAGUCAACGAGUUGAAGCUGGAUGACAACGAGGCACUUAUAGAGAAGCUGAAGCAUGGUCAGUUUACAUUGCGAGACAUGUAUGAACAGUUUCAGAAUAUCAUGAAAAUGGGCCCAUUCAGUCAGAUCUUGGGGAUGAUUCCAGGUUUUGGAACAGAUUUUAUGAGCAAAGGAAAUGAGCAGGAGUCAAUGGCAAGACUGAAGAAACUGAUGACAAUAAUGGAUAGCAUGAAUGACCAAGAACUGGACAGUACAGAUGGUGCCAAGGUCUUUAGUAAGCAACCAGGCAGAAUCCAGAGAGUUGCCCGAGGGUCAGGUGUGUCAACAAGAGAUGUCCAAGAGCUUCUGACGCAGUAUACCAAGUUUGCACAGAUGGUGAAAAAGAUGGGUGGUAUCAAAGGACUUUUCAAAGGUGGUGAUAUGUCUAAGAAUGUGAGUCAGUCACAGAUGGCAAAAUUGAAUCAACAAAUGGCCAAAAUGAUGGAUCCACGAGUUCUUCAUCACAUGGUGUGUGACUUUCUUGGAGAGAAGAUUGCAUCGGUUCUAGGCAUCAGCACCCCAAAAUACCAGUAUGCCAUUGAUGAGUAUUACCGGAUGAAGAAGGAGGAGGAGGAGGAGGAAGAGGAAAAUAGGAUGUCUGAAGAAGCAGAAAGACAAUUCCAGCAAAACAAGAUGCAGGCCGACUCCAUCGUACAGACAGAUCAGCCAGAAACAGUGGUGUCCACCUCAUUUGUGAACGUCAACUUUGAGAUGGAGGAAGACUGUGAAGUAAUCACGGAACGGAAACAGCAGCCAGCCUCUGUCCCACCAUAGGACGAAAUGACGUGUAUUAAGUGUUACACCCUAAACGUCAAUCAAGAACUUUUUACAUUGUGUUUAGUGGGACUGAAAACAACUAUUUAUAUUUUAAAUUAUUAAGGGAAAAUCUUUCUUCAUUUUUAUGCUCUAUCACAGUCAGAUCUGAAGUUGGGAUGUUUUGAUUAUGGUAAAUUAGGGGUCGCCCCACCCCGCCUGCCCUGUGCUGGGGAGCAAACCUAGGGCUUCUUUCACACACACUAACCAAGUGCUUUGGUUUAAAAAAAAAAAUCAUCUUUUAUAAAACAAAAGGACAUUUAGCUAGGCGUGAUAACACACACCUUUAAUCCUAGCACUAGGGAGGCCUGUGGUUCUGUGUGAGUUCAAAGCCUACCUGGUCAACAUAGUGAGUUUUAGCCUUGCCAGUGAGAUUCUGUCUCAAAAACAGAAACUGAAGGCAUUGUACAUUAAAAGGGGAGUUAAAUUGUUCAUUAAGGUUUUUGGUGUGGGGGCUUUUUUUUUUAAAGUAGUGAUAACUCAUCUUUGGAGCUAAUAAUAACCCUAACAGCCCGAGAGUGAAGUUCCCUGCAUUUCAUGCUUUCCCUUCCGUGCAUGUAACACACCUAGUCAUCACUUCACACAAGGGUAGCUCAGCGUGUGUAACACACCUAGUCAUCACUUCACACAAGGGUAGCUCAGCGUGUGUAACACACCUAGUCAUCACUUCACACAAGGGUAGCUCAGCGUGUGUAACACACCUAGUCAUCACUUCACACAAGGGUAGCUCAGCGUGUAAUAAAAGCAGCAGGAUGGAAGCACCGUCGAUUCUUCCUGUUGAGAUUUUUUUUUUUUUUUUGAGACAGGGUUCCUCUGUGUAGCCCUGGCUGUCCCAGCUCUGUAGACCAGGCUGGCCUCUAACUCACAGAUCUCCCUGUCUCCGCUCAACCACCACCCGGCUUUGUUGAGAGCGUUUAUGGAAAAGUGCUGAAUGUACUAAAGAUUAAGAUGGUUCUCAUUUUCACCACACGUCACUCUCGAAUUUUCAGUAGUUAGCAGCUUGCUCUGAUCACAGAUUAACACUGGUCACUGAAUUUGGAGUUGUAGUCUGGCGUUGGUCCCCAGCGACUGCCCCAUGGCUGGUACCUUGGGUAUGUCAGACUUACCCACUCCUUUCUGCACCACAGGCAGGGUAGCGGGGAGAUGAGGAAUUGGUACCAGGUUGGUCUUGUUCACCAUUUUGAAGUCACAGCCGUGAGCUGGAUCAUUGAUGUGAACCAGGUUCGGCCCUCUCUCUCCUUGCUAGGUUAUCCUUUACAAAGUUGUGUAAUGUGAGUGUAAUUUAAGAAAUAUUCCUACAUAUGUGUUCAGAACCUUUUAUCUGUUUAACUUUGAUUUAUAACCAAAUGUGGAUAAAGAGAAAGUGGACAGUGUUCUAGAUGCUGAUCUCAGCCUUUAGAAAUUACCUCCUAAACUAGCCUUCUAAGUAGCAGGAUGCCUUCUGUCUUCCAUGUGCGCAAUCCAAAUGUGGACGGGCGAGCAUGCUGUAGAGACCUGCCAGUGGACUCUCAGUAGGCUCACCUGAAAGCCGGAUUUCUAAGUGGAUAGUCAAAGUUUGAGUCAAAGUUUCAGUUGGACCGAAAUUUCUAAGGCUCAGCAAGUAUGGAGUCCUCCUUGGAGGUGUGACUGGUGAGCUUCCUUCAAGGGUGCAAACGACGGGACUUAAUCCUUAGAGGUUUAUCCUUAGAUUGUGUAACUAAGGCCGUUAACAGUUACACUCUACUAAAACCCAGUCUUAAGUUGCUCAAACAUGCUGGCCUGACGUCUUCCUCUUGGUGCGGUAUCACCUCAGACACCUGGUCCUGAGGUGAAGGCGGGCCGUGUAAGGCGACCCGCGAGAGCAUCUCUCCCGAAGCGCUAGUUCUCAGUUUACACAGCUAGUGAUUACAGCAGGCCGGCCGACCUGCCAAGGCUCCGGUUCCUCAGUUUACUUUUGCUGCUUGUUGGGCAGUAGCUGGUUUGUGAUGUUUGGAGUUAUUCACUGUGCCUUACGUUUUUAUACUUUGGUUUAUGCAAACUAUAAAAUUUAUUACAAAUGG